CAUACAAGUGUAUAUAAAUAAACUGAAAUCAUCAAGAGAACCAAAGCCUGGGGAAUCAAAAGUGCAUGUGCACGGAAAAUAAAUAUGCAACAAAAGCAUAAAAAACACAAAUAAAAAGCAUACAAAUCUAGAAUCCAAAAAAAAACUGAAAUGGUGUUUAGUCUAUGAGUGUAUAUGUGUACUAAUUCAGUCACAGCUAACAGUAAUUUAUUUUUGUAGUAGGAUGUUUUCCACAAUAACUUAAUGGCAUGAACUUGUUUGUCUGGUAAGUUCUCCAAAGGAAUGACAAAGUCAUAGGGGAGGAACUUAAACAUGAUCUCACAUAAAAUCAGAAACAACUCCAGCAUAACACUCCGUAAGAGACAACGGAUCUUUAGUUUCCUCCUAUACUUAAAUCAUAUCAUACAUGUUGUGAGGACUCUUCAGAGGACUGAGAUUUUACUGUGACACAAGGUAAACUAAUAAUACUAUAGAUUAUGGCUACUGAUUGCAUGAUUACGCUUUGUGAUGCUUGUAACACAUAGAGAAAUAAUGUUAAUACUAUUCAUCUGAGAGAAAUAAAAGAAAGUUUAAACAUUAUGUCUUUUCUGAAAUAUGGCGGAGGGUUCAUUACCAUUACACUGUAAUUAAUCUUGUGCUGCUGACAUUGACACAGCACUGAAUAUUAAUUUACAAAAGCAUACAUCGCUGUUGUUUACUUCUGUUUAUCUGAUAUAGCUGAUAUAUAUCAGUGGCUUACAGUAAAAAGAAAAAAAAUGUAAACAUGUUACAUCUAUUUUAGAACUUAAAGCAAACAACAUCAGGAUGUCCAACAACAAGAAAUCUUCAACGGCUACAACAUUUUACAGUGAACCAGCAGUGGAGGAACUGUACACUGGAUACCUGGUCAAGUCCCCACCUCUGACCCUGACUAAAAACACUAAAUCAUGGAAGAAUCGUUUCUUUGUGCUCUCCAAGAUCGGUGAAAACACCUUCCAGCUGACAUAUCAUGCAGACGAAAAGAGAGACAAACCCUUGGGAGUGAUAGACAUUUCUAAGAUCAGCUUGCUGUUCAUUAGCCCUGAGACACAUCAGAAGUGGGACUGGGUCAAGAAACAAGCAAAGGGCUCUCCAUCCUCUGUGCUGUUCUUGAAAGUGGAAGACGAGAAACAAUCUAGAGAAUAUUUCCUCAUUGGAAAAGACCGUGCUGAUGUGGAUGGUUGGCUCAAUGCAUUAUUCAAGGCGAUGAAGACCCAGAAAUCACAAAAUAAACUACAACACACAGAUGAUAGUCAGGACAAGAGAUCUAGAUCAAUUACUCUACCUGCAGACCUUUCAGAACCAAACGGUGAAGAUCAGGCUGAUAACAGACGGUCAGCAUUUGAAUUAACUUCUCUGCCACAAAACGAUCAUUAUGACUAUCCCCGCAAGCUGAGCGAACCUCCAAUACCAGUAACACGCAAGAUUCCAGUUAUUAAGGAAAAAGAUGAGAAGGAAGGGAAGCAGGAUGAACAUCCAGAGGAUAACAGUGAAUACAUGACCAUGGGAUCAGUGCAAAGGAUGAAAGAUGACCAACAGGAGGAUGACAAAGCAUGCAAAGAGAAAAGUGAAGUUCUCAGGCAUUCUAAUCAGUCUUUCGUUGUCUACACUGAAAACUGUGGCUCAACCGAGUCAAACAACAGUGAAUCGGAAACAAAUGUUGAGAAGGAGGUCAUCGGUAGUCAAAAUGGUGUGACAAACAAUCUGUUCUUGGCACAAGGCGGCAAACCAUGUUUAAAGGGGAAUCAGAGCCUGCCCCCAGACACAGUACAAGCGAUUCAGAACUGUAUAAAAACACUAACCAAAAAGGAGGCAAAACUCUUAAUUCAACGGCUUCCAGACCUCACUCUGAAACCUGCCCAACACACUGAGGACACAAAACAAAGGCUAAUGCAAAAUCUCUUUUCACCAUCGAAAUAAUGGAAAUGUUGUACAUGUCUAAUUUAAGGGUCACAGGGUCUAUGGGACAUUAAAGCUCAUUCUUUUAUGUCUUAUGUACAUAAAAUUAAAUAUGUGCCCUAGUAAAAAGAAAAGAAAAAAGUACUAUUUAAAAUACAUUUAUUUCAUACUAAGUAUAGCAUAUUUACUGACAUAGUAUUUGAGACUUACUGAUUUAAAAAAUAAUUAUGAUGAAACUUUAUUUGGAGUACUACUUGUGCACAAUGCACAUUUCUUAAUAUUAAGCCUAAAAAUGUGUUUUAAUGCCACUAUUGACAAAUAAUAUCAGACUUUAAAUGCAAGAUAUUUAAGGUGUACCACUUUAGCACAAUCAAAUAUACUUCAGUAUAUCUGCACAAUUAAAGUGCAUUAAGCACAAAAUUAGUUCUUCCAAUUUCGCAGACUUUGAGUAUACCAGUUUACCCUACCAAAAACUGCAGCGUAUUUUUAUGAAAUAUUUGUAGUAUACUUAGCAUGAAAUAAAUGUAUUUCUAAUACAUUUUAGUAUAUUUCCUUUACACUAGGGUGGUAGUGGGUACUGUAUAUAUUUGUUUGUUUGAAGAACAAGCGUCAAGUAUUACUUAAAAUGUAGGAUGAGAGAUAACCCACAGUGAAAAACAGUAGUAAGCUUAUUUUAUAUAUAGAUUAAUUAUGUUUUAGAAAGCAUGCA